AUAUGGCGAUUUUAGGUGGUUUUUUUGCUUGAUGUAAAAAAGGAAAACAUGAAUUUUGAAAUCUAUGAUAUGACACUUUUGACUUAAAUUAAAAUAUCAUUCUAGUAUAUUUAAUUCAUUGGAUAAAAUGGGUGGUUCACCCUCAUGUGUUAGUGCAAAGUCCACUAAAAAGGAAACUAUUCAAGAGAUUUAUAAAUGGUUUCAGCAAUUAGAUCAACAGUCAGAUGAUGUACAAAUUGUAGUACCAAGGAAACAGUUUAACCAAUACUUCUCAUACGUGAAGGACAUGUUAAAUAUUGAUGAACAUGUAACGGCUAAAGACAUCAGUGCACCAAGAGUUCAGAUACUUGAUAACAGAAGCACAAAUGCAGUUACAAUGUUUGUACAACAGUUGCAAUAUGAGUUAUCAAAACGGAAUCGCAUUGAUACUACCGUCAUUGAAACAUUCAAAGAGGCACUUCCUGAAACGGUUUUAAUUGCCGUGUGCAACAAAGGCCAAGUCAGUUCCACUAUAACCGCUGUCACACAAUGCCUGCAUGAUGUUGAACGUGAUCACUACAACAGGAUCAUUGUAGUAAUUGUAUACGUUAUGAGAAAGGAUUCACUUCCAAAACUUCCCUCUAGCAGCGAAGUAAGAGGAGAAGCAAGUUUCAAGAAUAUAGGACAAGUGGUUGAUAUGGGAUUCGAUGACGAUACAAUUUAUUCGUGUGAUACAAAUAAAAAAGCUAUGGACGAAAUUUUGCAGUUCUGUAGAGGAUUUCAUUGCGUUGCCAAGGGGGGAGAUCAUGCCAACAUUUCAAUGAAUUCGGCCUCAAAUCAACCAAAAGAUUCCAUGGUUCAAGCCUGUGAUCAAAAGACAAAUCCGUCCCAAGAUGGACAAUUGGUGAAUGCGCCCAGAAACAGCACUGACCUUGAUGUUAAAAGAUAUCCCCGCAUAACGGUAUAUUUGAUGAUCCCGUCUAAAACGAAAGCACUGUCAGCGUUUAUUGAAAAGUUUCAAACCAAACUGAUCGAGUUUGGAACCGCGGUUAAGGAAAUGGAGCCCAGUGAAGCCAGAAACCUUGAUCCUAGUCUGUUGUUGAUAAUAAUUUGCAAUGCUGCAUCUCGCAUUGAAUCCGACAUAACAAAAUGCUAUGACGAAAACUUACGUGCCGUUAGAAACAGAACAAUUCUGAUAGCAGUGCAUGUUGUAACAAAAGGACAAGAGCCAAAAAUGUUCACAGAACUGAAACUUGCGAAUGACAUCUUUAAGGAAACUCCUUUGAUAAAGAUUAUCGAUAUGGCUUUCGAUACAAACAUUGGAAUGUAUGAAUGCACAAUGAACGACACUGCAGACAAUUAUCUUCGUCAACUUCAUACAAUCUGAACUUCCACUGAAAACUUUAUGGGCCUAUUAAUCAAUCAUUUAUUUGUUUUCUUUGAGUUCCUUAUCAGUUACUAAUUAUUUCUUAUGUAUGUUUUUAGUGAUUAACCUUCCCAUGCUCUUCCUUGUGCCCUGUCCUGUUUUUGUUUGGGGUCCUCCUGGGUUCCAUGUCACUUGCUCUUGUUGCUGGAUCGUGUGGGGGCUGCGUUCAUUGAACACCGCCUUUCCUUGUUGAUUUUGUUUAUCAUAUUUUAAGAGUAUGAAACCUAUUUCUUUAUAGUCACCAAUGCGAAGAGCUGUCUCUGCUACUCUGUUAAAUAAGUUUUACUUUUAUCAACAUUUGGAAUACAUGUAUAUUAAAUCAAUGUGUUGUUGUUCUA